AUGUUUAUAUACCGCUCUCCCCCUUUUUCCUUGAAUUCGUGUAGCAUUGGACCGAGGUACAAAGUCACCGCCCUCAGUAAACAAGUAUUCUGCCCUUCCCCCGCAACAACAGCCCGUACGGAGUGCACAGUUCGAACACUCAACCUUGAAAGUAUAUACGCCAUGCCUUUGGAUACGAUAUAUUUGACCCGUCAUGGGCACCGCCUCAGCUGGUCCAUCGACUUCCGCACGGGCACUUACAAGUCUCAAUUCCCCACGCCAACAGGGAACCCAGCUGACCCUGCGCUGACCUCUCACGGCGUGCGUCAGUCGCACGAGCUUGCUGCACAUAUUGCCGCUCCGCAAUUCCAUCCCAAGCCCUUCAGGAUCUACUCAAGUCCCUUCUACCGCUGUCUCCAGACAAUCCAACCUUCCGUCGAAGAGCUGAAGCGCAUAUCCGCAUCUAGUGAAAGCCAACAAGAUGGUCAGCUUGGCUCAAUUGACCGCCAUGCAGAGCUAGAUGUCAGAAUCGAGAAUGGGCUAGGAGAAUGGUUCGGCGCAACAAACUUCUUCGACCAUCCCCCACACCCAACCCCAGAAACAAUGUCCACCCACUUCCCAACCCUCCUCCAAGAAUCCAAUCCACCCUACAAACCCCUCCUCAUCCCAUCAAGACGCGGCGAGACAAUAACCCAACUCCACAACCGCGUAGCAAUAGCCCUGGAAGGUAUAAUCGCCGAGAUCGACGCGGAGAUCGCAGCCCUAGAGGCUGGACUACCGUUAGACCAAAGAACUAGCAAAUCAGUCUUGAUCUGCGCGCAUGCCGCGCCGCUUAUUGCCAUGGGACGGGUUCUCACGGGCCGGAUGCCGGAUGAUAGUUCUGAGGAAGAUUUUAAUGUUUUCACGGCUGGGUUGAGUACUUUUAAGAGGAGGGAUGGUUCUGCUACUGGUCAGAAGGAGGGCCUGACUGAGAAUCCGCUUGCUGAGGGUACGAAGUUUAUUCGUGCAUCGAGAGCUGUGCCGCUGUGGAGAGGUGGACGUGGUGUCGGGGGUGGAUGGGAUUGUCUUGCGAAUGGUGAUUGUAGCUUUUUGAGUGGUGGUGCUGAGCGUGGAUGGCACUUUGAUGGCGAGGAAUCAUUUAAUACGGUUGGGGCUCCUAUGGCUCCUACUUCGGAGCCAGCUGCGAAUGUAGCGGCUACAAAGUUGUGA